ACACAAUAAUAGUGUUACACACUCAAAAGAACGCCCCUGCCAACCAUUUUGUUGAGAAUUUUCUGUCUAAGACUCCUCCUUGACACAAUUCUUUUCUUUUGUGUCCAAAAGUUCAGGCCAUUUAAUCUUCUCCCAAAACUUACUACUAACAGCCUGAAAAUCAAUAACUAUAUCGUCGUUCCCCCACAGAAUAAUGGAAUCGGAAGAGCUCAAGCGUGUCUUUCAUAUGUUUGACAGAAAUGGUGAUGGCAGGAUCACAAAGAAGGAGCUGAAUGACUCGUUAGAGAAAAUGGGGAUCUUCAUGUCCGAUUCAGAUCUGGCGCAGAUGAUCAACAAGAUCGACGUGAAUGGCGAUGGCUACAUUGAUAUUGACGAAUUCGGUGCUCUAUAUGAGACCAUAAUGGAAGACCGAGACGAGGAGGAAGACAUUCGAGAGGCGUUCAAUGUGUUCGACCAAAAUGGGGACGGAUUCAUUACCGUAGACGAAUUGAAAUCCGUCUUGGGAUCGCUUGGUCUCAAGCAAGGGCGGACCAUUGACGACUGCAGGAGGAUGAUUAAGAAAGUCGACGCUGACGGAGAUGGAAUGGUGAAUUUUACAGAGUUUAAGCAGAUGAUGAGAAGCGGUGGAUUUGCUGCAUUGGGUUAAAGAGAAAAAUCAGCAAGAAAAAAAUUGAAACAGAAAAAAUCAGCAAGACCUUGAACUUGGAGGUUGGAAUCUUGCUACUCUUAAAGCAAAGGUCCGGGUCAGUUCUUAGAAGAAAUUUUUGGUAUGGAGCCUUUACCACCUUAAUAGACCAAUUUGACGCUAAUGUUAAUUAGUCAAUCACGAACUUGGAAUACUAGACGACUAAACCAGAAAGAACAAAGAAGUAGAGAGAAAAAUACCCAUUUUCCGCACAGUUAUGUUUGUUUGAAUAGAAGGGACACAAAUAAAAAGAAGUUUUCCUGCUCU